AAUCUCAUUCCAAAAAGAAAAAGGAAAAGGGCUGCGAGGGUUUAGGGCUGGGUUUAGUACUUUCACUUUCUUUCUCUGUGAUUUGGUAUCAGUUCUUCAAUUUCCUUUACUUUCAAACUCUGUUUUGCUUCCAGAGAGAAAAGAAAACCAUGUGGUAUUUGUGCGUUUUCUACCACCGGUUGUUGGAUUACAGAAAACCCGAAGUGGAAUCUCUGGCACAACUCUUUGGAGCCAUUGAGGACCCCCAGAACGACGACGUUCCCUUCCAACUGCAAUGGAAGCUCCCUCCUCACUACCACACCGAUUCCCCUUUCCAUUUCGUAAAUCUCCCUUCCGAACAACUUGCUCAUGACAUUGCCAAAAGAAGCAUACUUGUGAAGGGAAUGUAUGAGCUUUGGGGGGAAGGGAGUAGCUACGAGGAGUUGAAAGACUCUGUCUUGAGUUACCCUGAUGAGAGGAAGUUCCCGUACUUGGAUUCUGAUAGCACUUUCAAGAUUACUGUUGAUAGCUUCGGGAAGGUCAUUAGCCUGGAGGAGCAAAAUGAACUCAUUCAAGGGCUCUCUUAUAUCCCUUUCAAGGGGCGUGUAAAGUUGAGAAACCCAGAUCACAACUUCUGGCUUAUAGAAGUAGAUAACUAUGGAGGUAAUAAUGGUCUUCCUCCAAUUGUACAAAAGAGAAUCUUCUUUGGUCGUGAAGUGGGUGGGGCUGAUAGGAAGCUUAUACCCACCUAUCAAUUGAAAAGCCGUAAUUAUCUUGGGCCAACAGCCAUGGAUGCUGAAAUGGCUUUUCUAAUGGCCAAUCAAGCACUGGCUACUUCUGGGAAGCUUGUUUAUGACCCUUUUGUUGGAACUGGAAGUAUUCUUGUUGCAGCAGCUCAUUUUGGAGCAAUGACCAUGGGGGCUGACAUUGACAUUAGGGUAGUCCGUGAUGGACGAGGUCCUAACUGUAAUGUUUGGAGUAAUUUUAAGCAGUAUGGAUUACCUAUGCCUGUUGGUCUUCUAAGGGCGGAUAACAACCUUCCUCCUUGGCGUCCAACGUUGAAAGAGGUAUUUGAUGCCAUAAUAUGUGAUCCUCCUUACGGAGUACGAGCUGGGGGACGCAAAUCUGGUGGUCGGAAGCUGCUAAAGGGAGCUGUGAAACCUUACACAGUUCCGGAUGACAAAAGAACAGAUCACAUACCAUCAACUGCACCAUACAGUUUAGUUGAGUGCGUGCAUGAUUUGCUUGAUCUUGCAGCCAAGAUGCUUGUAAUGGGUGGAAGGCUUGUGUUUUUCUAUCCUGUAUUGAGAGAAGAUGAUUUUGCUGAAAGCCAUUUCCCAGAACAUCCAUGUUUUAAGUUGAUAUCUUCGUCAGAGCAGAUCCUUAGUUCACGUUAUAGCAGGGUAUUACUGACAAUGGUGAAGACAGGUCCUUACACAGAGGAAAUAGCUGAGGUGGCUAGGAUAAAGCAUAUGGAGUUUAAGGAGAACCAUGUAAAGUGGUUGGAAGAUGGUAAUCUUCAUUCUGCAGUUUUCAGUCCAGCUGAUGGUCAGUUAACAGAGGCCGGUGAUCCCAAGCUUAUUAAGGAUCCAAAGCCUAAAUACAGAGGAAAGUAUGUUUAGUGUUAAUGGGUUAGAUGGUCUUCUUCCUCACCAUUACAUUAGACAGCACUGUAUUUCAUUAUAUGGAAGCCAAUGUACCCUUUUUAGAUUCAAAUAGUGAGUUUUUCUGAUCUUUGUUUUUUCA